AUGGGCCACGAUCUUGCUUGCCAGCUCCCUUCCAUUAACCUGCUCUCGUUAGAUCUUCCACUACCGAGACUCCAGUACUACCCUGUUUAUUACGACCAGAAUGUGCCUCGCCAGCCACUUCUGAUAGGUGGCCUUGUGCACGCUGUCCAUCCUCUUGGAGUGUCUAGUGGGGUCGUAAAUGCCGCGAUGUCGCUGGCCCCACUGGGUUUAGUAGGACCUAGCUCAAUUUCGCAUGGGGGUCCAAUCUCUGUUGGCGCAUCACCCGCCACUAUUGGUGGUGCAUCAUUCGUUGCCUCCCAAGCUGCGCAAGUGACCCCAGCGGCUCCAGUGGCGAUGCUGGUGCCCAUGGGUCACAUGUCGGCCAUUGCCCAGGUUUCUGCUCCAGUCGCACUUCCUAAUGUCAAACGUGAGGUGCCUACCAUUGUUGCUCCGCGCGCACUGCCGGAGCCCUCCAGUCGCGCGGCAGGGUUCUCUGGUCUUACAUCAUUGGCGGUGGCUGCGGCUGCCAACGACUCAUUGGUGCCCCCGCACCAAUAUCUUCAAAAUCACAGCCGCAGUCACAGCCCCAACCACGCCAUCACUCAGGAUACCACCAAACCUCAAAACCAGACCCAUAGCCCAGACCAUCACAGCUCUUAUCACAAGCAUGUCCAUCAUUCUGAUCCUGAGACGAAAAACAUCUCCAACUCGGUAUCAGCCGCAUCCAGCGCAGUGUCGCUGCCCUCUACAUCUGCGCUGUCGCUUGAUCUUGCGGGACAUGAACUGGCUCCAAAGGGACACUCAGCCGCGCUGUCUACACCCACCAGCCCCAAGUCGCCCGAGAAGGACUGGAAACCCCGCAAAAAGCGUCAGUGCCCGGAGUGCCAUCUUUACUUCUCCAAUUUGGCCACUCACAAGUCUACUCAUUUGAAGCCAACAUCUCGUCCUCAUGUGUGCAAGUUGUGCCACCGGGGCUUUGCAAGACCCAACGACUUGUUCCGCCACUUUAAGUGCCACUGGAAGGAGAUUGGUGCCGAUAAUGGCCAAUUCCGCUGUCCUUUCAAGAGCGGACCCCACGGCGACCACUGCUGCCAUACGCUGGGAAUCUUCUCACGGUGCGACACUUACAAGAACCAUUUAAAAGCCAUUCACUUCCAAUACCCUAGCGGAACCAAGAAGAGCCAAAGGAACCAAGUUCCUGGCAACUGUCGCUUAUGCCAUGCUCAGUUCCGCAAUGUGGACGAGUGGAUAGCCACCCAUAUCGAUGCUCACCAGUGUCCAUAUGGCAUGAAAUAA